UCCUGUCGCAAGAGUAGCAACAGACAUCCUCCCUUUGGCACCCCCUCCUCGCAUUCCGUUAGAUCUGAGCCACCGGGGGCGCAGAUGGCCGCGGCCCUUCCCGACCGCUGCCUCCGCCAUCGGCACGGGGCGGACCGCAUCGGCGAACUCCCCGACGAUCUCCUCCACCAGAUCCUGCACCGCGUCGCCUCCACCCCCGCUGCGGUGCGCACCGGCGUCCUCUCCCGCCGCUGGCGCCGCCUCUGGGCCGACCUCACCGAGCUCCGCCUCGACUCCGUCCUCGCGCCGGUCCCGGGCAUCGGCACCGUCGACGGCGCGCUCGACGCCUGCUGCGUGCCGACCGUGACGCGCCUCAGCGUGUCCCUGGACCACCUGCCGCCCUGGGGCAGCGGCCUUUCGGCCGACCGCGUCGCCCCCUGGCUGCGCUUCGCCUCGCGGCGCGUCGCGGGGGACCUCUGCAUCCUGCUGCCACCAGCGGCGGCGGGCGGUGCGGUGGUGGUGGAGGAGGAUCUGCGUCUCCCCGUGUGCGAGAGGGUCACGGAGAUCACGCUGUGGCUCGGGUACCGCUUCCGGCUCCGGAUGCCGGCGGCCGGCACGUUCGCGGCGCUGACCUUCGUGAACAUACGCGACGCGCGCAUGGACAGCCGCGAGCUGGAGCAAUUCGUGUCCUGCGGGUGCCCGCGCCUGGAGGAGCUCGCCGUCCGGCUGCCCCCGUUCCUCGCCGAGUCCGUCGUCUGCAUCCGCUCGGAGUCGCUAAGACGGCUCGACUACCACAUCAAGAACACGCGGCGGCUGGAGGUUGCCGCCCCAAGUCUCGAGCGGCUGUCCAUGUCGAACGCCGACAGGGCUUACAUCACCGCGCCGGAGUUGGGGGAAGUCGCUUGGGAGGACGACAGCUUCAACCCGCUUAGACACCAGUUUACUGAGACCGGGCGUCGUCUCCGGCGGCUGGUACUCACCUUGAGUUCAACGACGGCGGAGCUACUGCAGCGAUUCUACAAUGUCGAUCAGCUGAUAGUAGAUAUCUUGAUUCCACAUGGGGGAGAUGGUUACAAGAGCUUCUUGGAGAAUGUGGACAUGCUUCCCUGUUGUGAUGUCUUGGUGGUACAAUCAACAAGUACUUCCCAUUGUUCCAUACCAAGUUUGCUGCAUCUCCUCAGGAGUUCCACUGGUGUAAAGAAGUUUGUGGUUUACUUGGAGUUCAAGGUGAAUGGUCUGUGCAGAUUAUUGGGCUGCCCAUGUGAUUCUCCAAAGGGCCGCAGAACUGGUGACAUCAACCUAUAUUUACUUGAUGAGGUAGAGAUCAAUCUGAUAUCAGACGAAGUAUCCUCAGAUGCACAGGCUGAAUUUGUGGAGCUGCUACUCGGAUGCAAUGCGCCAGUGCUAAAAAAGGUGGUCAUCAACAGGUCGUGCACCUGCCCUUUCAUAAGGGAGGAUAUGUGCGAGAAGAUCUGCGAAAUUUGUCUCCUGAGUAACAAGUUUGAAUUCAGUGUUGUUCGUGAGGGAGAUGAGUGGGAGGAAUCCUGCUCCACUAUGGUGAUACACAUCAGUGCAAAGCGCCACUUAGCUGUAGAGCUGAUCCCCUUUGCCGAUUUGCUUGAACAUGAGAUGAGCCAUGUGCAGUGAAGAAAACUAGUUCAUCACUUCAUUUGAGUUUCUAACCAGGUCUGUUGUGCUAAUUCACUGAUUAUAAUGAGGCAACCUCUGGUAACUGAGGCAAAUCGCUGGAGACUUUGAUCAGGGCUAAUUCACUACUUAAUUGUUUCUCUUCA